AUGACGGACACCACCGCCAACAACGACGCUGAUUCUGGUAGCAGCACUCUUUACGCCACUUUCAAUCAACGAGACUUGAUCCUUUAUGCCCUUUCGUUGGGUUUUGGAAGCUCUGAAGGAAACCAUGAUGAACUAAAGUACUUGUACGAGCAUCAUCCUGACUUUACCGCCGUUCCCACCUUUUGCUUUGCCCUCGGCUUUUGGGCCCAAAAGGAGGCAAGGUAUGCCACUUCCUAUGAGAUUCCACCCUUUCCUCCCGUCAGUAUUUCAUCCACGGGGACCAUUCCUUUUACAAAUUUGCGGGGCCAACCAGACAUCUCGCAAUAUCCCGUUUUGCACAUGAACCAAUCGGUUCAAUGGACAAGGUCACUGCCUGUUCCAAUCUCGCAGAUUCGGACUCGUCUGGAAAAACGUGUGCGAACAGUGGCACCCAAGUCCAUUGGAACCUUUGUGACAUCCGAAACUGCCAUUUAUUUGGAAGACACUACUAGUAGAACCCAUGCUGAUGGCAACUCUCUGCUGUGUACCCUUCAAUCCACUGUGCUGAUAUUGGGAAUGCCCAAGGAAAACGUGAUUCCAUUGCAGGAUAAGGGAAUGGCCUCCUCCAACAAGGUAUCUAUACCCAAGCAUACACAACCAGAUUUCGAAUGGACCUACGUCACAUCUCCCACCCAAGCUCUCUUGUACCGACUGGCCAGUGGUGAUAGCAACAAAAUUCACGUCACUGGAGAUCCCAUCAUGGCCAAAGUGUUGGAGGGCGCUGCCGACAAACCAAUUCUUCAUGGAUUGUGCACCUUGGGAAUUGCCACACGCGCUAUUCUGCUCAUGUCCAGUACCGGUACGCAGCCUUACGUGCUCUCACAACUCGAUUGUCAGUUUACCAAACCAGUGUUCCUGGGGGAUUCGUUAAAGGUGAGGAUUUGGAGAACGUCUUCGACUAGCAGCGAUUGGACGUUGGUGUUUGUCGUCAUCAACGAAACGACAAGACAGGUCGCUGUGGACAAGGGAUACGCCAGACUGACUACGAAGGAAGACAGGAGAAAUAACUCUAGAUUAUCAAAGCUAUGA